GAUUUUGAAGUUAGAAACAAACAGAAACUCACUACUUCUUCUACAUAUUCCUUAACUUAAGAGAGUUCCAAUUCAGUUCAGCUUUUUACAAUUCAUUCGCAUAUUGUCUAAAAAACUUUUAUACCCAUUCUUGAUAUGAGGCAAGUUCUACGACUUUUAUUUCUACUUUAUUUAUCCACUCUAAUCCAUGAAGCACAAGGAAGACACUUGAAGAAAGGACAGUACUUCUCAGCUACUAUUCAUAAAUUACAGGAAAAGAUUUUGACAGGAAGUAGUAAAGGAGGUUUUGGAGAAGUUAGUACUCUUUGCAAAGAUGACCAUUGUUCAUCAUCAUUGGCUACAAAAAGAAGACUUUCAAGAGUAGCCAAGAAACCACACCAUUGGUUACCAAGUAUUCAUGAAGAUUAUUAUGGGCCAAGAGGACAUAGACCUAGACACCAUUAGCUUUACAAGAAUAGAUUUCUUUAUACUAGCUAGCAAAUUUAAUUUCCCUAUUUUUGUUUUCUUGAUAAACUUAACAAUUAUUCUUACCCUCUGUUUGGAUGGU